AUGGUUCGUGAUUUUGGUGUAAGUGAUGAUGAUAAAGAAAUUGGUUUUUACGCAGGAUUAAUAGCAUCAUCUUUUUUCUUUGCACAAUUCUGUUUUUCAAUAUUUUGGGGUCACAUGUCUGAUAAAUUUGGUAGACGUCCAAUCCUUUUAUUUGGAUUAUUUGGAAAUAUGGUGACUUGCUUUAUGUUUGGUCUUAGUAAGAAUUUACUUUGGGCUAUUGCUUCUCGUUCAACUUGUGGAAUGCUGAAUGGUAAUGUUGGUGUUGCAAAAAGUAUGUUGGGUGAACUAACUGAUAAAACUAAUCAAGCAAAAGCAUUUUCAUUGUUUGGAUUUUGUUGGGGAAUGGGCUGUAUAAGGCCUGUAAUUGGUGGGUUUUUAUCACAUCCUGCUGAUAAUUUUCCAAAAAUAUUUGGCAAUUGUCCUUUCCUAAAAUCAUUUCCAUAUUUCCUUCCUUGUUUUGUUGCUUCAAUUGUUAGUUUUACUGGAUUAAUUAUUGGAUAUUUUUAUUUACCCGAGACACGAUAUACAUACAAUCAUCAAAAAGAAGAAGGGGGAGAAGAAAGAGAUGUUGAUGUUGAAGAUGUUGUUGAUAUAUCAAGUAGAAAAAAUUUGAAUGGAAAUAAUUCAAUAAUCUCAUACGAUGCUACUGCAAAUGUUAAUUCUAAUAAUAGUAAUUAUAGUCAAUCACCUAAAGGAAAUAACAUUAUGCAAUCAUAUAUUGAAGAUGAUUCACAUUAUCCAGAAACACCUUCAUCUUCGAAUCUGCUAAAGGAUUUGCCAAAGAAUGAUGUCACCAACAUCAAAAUGAACAACAAGCAAAGUUUUAUUAUAAAAAAUGUUGCAUUUCAUACAAUAGCAUUUGAUGAAGUUUACAGUUUAUAUGCGGUUGCGGAAGUUAAAGAUGGAGGGUUAGGUUAUUUGUCAAUAAAGCUGGCUCAAAGUCUGGCUUUAAUGGGAAUUGUUCAAUUAGUUGUUCAAUUUCUGAUUUAUCCUUGGUUAAGAACUAAAGUAGAUUUGAUUAAAUUAUAUCGUAUAUAUGAUGAUGAUGGAGAAGAAAUUGCUUGGAUUAUAUUAUUGAUUGUAUUAACUAUUAGAUUGUUUAUAUGUGUUAUCUCUUUUACAUCAAUAAUGAUAAUGAUUAAUAAUUCUGCUAGUCAUGAAAUACUCGGUACUGUCAAUGGAAUAGGUCAGGCUUCUGCAGCAUUUGUUCGUACUAUUGGUCCAGCAUCAAGUGGAUCUUUAUGGUCUUGGUCAUUGACAAACAAUUUGGACUUUCCAUUCAACAAUUAUUUUGUAUUUAUUGUAAUGAGCCUCACUUCUCUAAUAGGAUUCAUUCAAAGCUUCACACUACCACGCGAAUUAGGAGAAAUAUAG